UCACGUCGAGCACGUGAACCUUCACGUCUUGUCAACAUGAGUGGGCAGUCUGAACAGACUCAGAAGGGAUGUAGCUUGAAAUUCCAGUGGUAAAUUAGCUAGCUAUGCAACGAAUGGACUGGAUACUCUGGUCAUUAUUCAUAGAUUUUAUGCUAAACAGCUUUUUCAAAUAAAAUCUAGAGUCGUGAAAAGAUCAAUAUCAUGCAUUUCAUACAUGCAAGAGGGAUCAAUUGAAAGUAACGUUACUUGGACUGGACCAGACUAUGUAGCUAAUUUAGCUAGCCUAGCUAAAUUACCGGCGUUAGCAACUACCUGCUUCACCCUGGUAGCGUUAGGCUAGCUAAAAUGAUAACAGGAUGUUUGUACCUGACGCGAUAUUAGCGCAACACAUUUGUAUUUACUCAAGGCGCUUGAUAGCAUAGCUAGCUAACGUUAAGUGGUACAGAAAUAGCCUAAAUCAGCUAGCUUCAUUUGCUAGCUAAAAUGACAUGAACAUGCCUUGGAAUGACUCAUCUUUUACCCAAGUGAUGUUAAAUGCAACUUUGUUGUUAAUGUUUCCGUUAGUAAAACAUUGAGUAGCUGCAUGCAUGUAAGUGUGGUAUAUGCGUGAAGUAUCCUUGUCCAUGCUUGCCUGUGUAUCUAGCUAAGCUAACUAGUUCACGUUAGGUAGGGACCCAAGAUGGGUUUGAUUUGUCGUAAAAGAAGAUGCUGACGCAUGGUAUGUAUCUCAUCCUUUUAUGGCUUUUCGGGAAUAAUAUUAUCAACAAUGGCAUUUGUUUGCUGACACUGGCUACAUAGGAAACGAAAAGAUAUGGAUCCGCAGUUAAAAGGGAGAAUAUUCCAUUACUAGUGGCUAGUUAUCGUUCUCUGUUUUGCCGAGAUUGUCUGCAUAACUAGCUAAUCGAUUGCUAGCUGGAUGACGAAGACACCCAUUCUAUGUGGAUGAGACAUUUAAAUUGACGUUAUUGCUUGGCUAUCUACCUAUAUGCCAUCGCCCCAACAACACAUUUUUGAUCUGGUCAACUAUGGCGGUUAGUGGGGUGAGUCUCUUUUCUCAAGCCGGGGACGUGGCUGCUCCGGCCGCUAUGUCCUCUUCCAAUACGUCAGUGUCCGCCAGUCCCACGCCAGAUGCGGACACCCGUGGCUGCGAGAACGGUGCCUUGAUGGACUCUUUCGGCAUCUUCCUGCAAGGCCUGCUAGCGAUGGUGGCCUUCAGUACGCUGAUGUUAAAGCGCUUCAGGGAGCCCAAGCAUGAGAGAAGGCCCUGGAGGAUCUGGUUCCUGGACACCUCCAAACAAGCCAUUGGGAUGCUGUUUAUUCACUUUGCCAAUGUCUACCUGUCUGACCUCACAGAGGAGGACCCCUGUUCACUUUACCUUAUAAACUUCCUCCUGGAUGCGUCUCUGGGCAUGCUGCUUAUCUAUGCUGGGGUGAGGACUGUCAGUGCCAUUGUAGAGUGGAGGCAGUGGGAUGCUCUACGCUUCGGAGAAUACGGAGAGCCGGUGCAGUGCACUGCGUGGGCGGGCCAGUGUGCUCUCUACAUCCUCAUCAUGAUGUUUGAGAAGGUCCUCAUCAUCCUGGUCCUACUCAUCCCCCAGUGGAAGAAGCUGGCUCUCCUGAACCCCAUAAACAAUCCUCAGUUGGAGCUGGCCAUCGUCAUGCUCAUCGUCCCAUUCUUCGUUAAUGCCCUGAUGUUUUGGGUGGUAGAUAACUUCCUGAUGAAGAAGGGGAGGACAAAAGCCAAGCUGGAGGAGCGGGAGGUGGGGGAGGAUGUGCGGGGCAACCGUAAGGUGCGCUACAGACGGGCACUCUCGCACGACGACUCGGAGUCUGAGAUCCUGUUCUCGGCUGAUGAUGAGAUGGACGACUCGGAGGAGGAGGAUGUGCGCCGGCUCACCGGCCUCAAAACGGUCAAGAAAAAGAAGCACCGUAUGGGGAUCCCUGUUUAACCUGGGCCUACCCAGGCUGACUUGGUCUAACCCACUCCUGUGUCCACUCGCCUCACUUCACGUCCCCACUCUCUCCCUCUCCAGGCCCCGCUGCCCUGACUGGAGCCUCCUGGGAACAUAUCGUCUAGAUUCCUCUAACAUCAGGCUAGCAUUGGUCUCUUUGUGAGCAGGGCGCCUCUGUAGGGAGGUGGGAUCAUGGAGGACUGCAGAUCGUGGGGACUAUUGGACUGCCUUUACUACACAUUUGCGUGGGACACCUGCAGCCUCUACACUGGGAAUAGAAACACUCGGGAAAGUAUUUUGCUGCAGCUAACCACGUCUGAGAUUCCACCAUAGAUCUAUCACUUAUGGUGGUGACACUCAUUGAAGAAAUGAAUUGUUAUGAUUGUGGAAAACCGUUAACACUGGUGUAUUAUAGGAAUGUUUGGGACUGGUUGAGUGGGUGACGCAGUAUAAUUGCUAGCACCCCUUCACUGUGGUUCCACACGGACUCUUAAGAGGCCACGGAUAAUAUUAACUGCAUCAGGUUAAGCUGUGAAUGGUUGUUACUUUUUCUGUGGUUUAACAGAUGACCCCUGUUGGAUGUAGAGGGAGAGAACAGGCACCUGGGAUUGCACUCUGUAUGUCCCUUGCCUUCAAGCAAACCUCUGUCAUUUUAACAUUUUAAUACAUUUGAUACUUAUCUUCCGAAUCUAAAAGUGAUUGAAUUCCUCGUUUAGAUUCCGUAUAUAUAAAAUGUAUGUCUCUUCCUCAGCUAGGCUGACUGCAAUGGCCUGUUAUAAGAGUUGGUGGAGGUGUGCGUCUGUCUGUGUGAACUUCUCAUUCAUGCAUGUGCGGGAAGUUUAGGAUGAUGCUCCUAUGGAGGCUUUGCUCUGUAAACAUGCAGUGUUUUAUAAUAACACUCACAUUUCUAACUCCUAAGCCUAUUAUCAUAACUGCAGAGGGAGGACGGAUCAGGACGGUGCAGCUUGGCUGUUUGUGUCUCAACCAUGCACCACCCAACCUUAACCUAAGGGACUGAGACCCCUAUCCCACUGACGGUACAGCCAGGCUUUUAGGUCUGCAGGCCUGGAUCGGGCCCUUCUCUCCCUGUGUGUGUGUGUGUGUGUGUGUGUGUGUGUAUAUGACUUAGUUAGGAUCUCUUCUGUUACCUCUUUAUUCCUAGUCUUUGAUGUGUCCUGUUUAUUUUUUUACAGUAAGUUAUUUUGGACUAAAACCAUGAGACUGAACCUACACCAUGUGUUCUUAAUUCAGAGACGGAAUAGAUAUGGGACCUGAGGGUGUGUCCUCACAACCAAUGUUCAAACUCUCUGCUCUUGCCCCCCAUCACUGGUCUAAGGAUGUUCUUUGUUUGUUUUGUAUUUGUUUUGUUCAUUCCUUGUUUUCGACAAUGUGCCUGUGUGAAUUUACCAUGUUUGUGGAUGUUCAUCUUGUGCCUCAGAUCUUCAGACUUGCAGUAGCAUUCAGUUGGUUUGGCUCAGAUGUUGAGAACUUGACAGAAGGACAGACCUCGAGACUGGGAGUGACUUUUGGGCCGGUGUACAACCUACAGUACAGUGGAGAGCAGUGCGGGUAUGUUUGUAUGUUUGUGUGUGCAGUGUUGUAGUACUCGAGACUGGUCUCGAGACCACAUAUUGAGUGUCUUGGUGUCAGAUACAUUUGUACUCUGUCUUGACUCGGUCUAGAACAGUGACGACUCGUAAUUUCUUCCCGAUACCAACAGAGUAAAAGUAAAACAUAAUUAUCAACUUCCAUUCAGUCAGUACAUAAAACCACUUCGCCAGGCCAAAUAUACAGUGUAUUCAGACCCCUUGACUUUUUCCACAUUUUGUUACGCUACAGCCUUAUUUUAAAUCCUCAAUCUACACACACUACCCCAUAAUGACAAAUCAGAAAGAUUUUUUUUAGACAUUUUUGCUCAUUUAUACUGAAUAAAAACUGAAAUAACUUAUUUAGUAUUCAGACCCUUUGCUAUGAUAUUCUAAAUUUAGGUCAGGUGCAUCAUUGAGAUGUUUCUAUGACUUGAUUCGAGUCCACCUGUGAUAAAUUAAAUUGAUUGGACAUGAUUUAGAAAGGCACACACCUGUCUAUAUAAAGUUGAUAGUGCAUGUGAGAGCAAAACCAAGCUAUGAUGUUCAAGGAAUUGUCCGUAGAGUUCCGAGACAGAAUGGUGUCGAGGCACAAAUCUGGGGAAGGGUACCAAAAAAUGUCUGCCGCAUUGAAGGUCCCCAAGAACACUUACCUCCAUCAUUCUUAAAUGGAAGAAGUUUGGAACCACCAAGUCUCUUCCUAGAGCUGGCUGCCUGGUCAAACAGCAAUCAGGGGAGAAGGGCCUUGGUCAGGGAGGUGACCAAGAACCUGACGGUCACUCUGACAGAGCUCCAGUCCCUCUGUGGAGAUGGGAGAACCUUCCAGAAGGAAAACCAUCUCUGCAGCACUCCACCAAUCAGGCCUUUUUGGUAGUGGCCAGAAGGAAGUUUAAAGUUUCUACUCCGCUAGCCAGCACCUCGUCUUUAUAGGUGUGCAUUUCUCUUUCUUUUUCUUCUAGUGGCCAGAAGGAAGCCAUUCCUCAGUAAAAGGCACAUGACAGCCUGCUUGGUGUUUGCUAAAAUGCACCUAAAUGACUCUGACACGCGAAAUAAAAUUCUCUGAUCUGAAACCAAGAUUGAACUCUUUGGCCUGAAUGCCAAGCGUCACAUCUGGAGGAAACCUGGCACCAUACCCAAGAAGACUCGAGGCUGUAAUCUCUGCCGAAGGUGCUUCAACAAAGUACUGAGUUAAGGGUCUGAAUACUUAUGUAAAUUAUAUAUUUAUUUAUUUAUUUUAAAUACAUUUGCAAAAUGUCUAAAUCUGUUUUUGCUUAAUAUAAAAAUAGUCAAGGGGUCUGAAUACUUUCCAAAUGCGCUCUAAACACUUUCUUAGCAUUAUCUUAACAGCCUUUAUCUAUUAUAGACGUUUGAGCAGUGGCGAACCUAUAGGCGUUCAGUGUGUAACAUGUUUGUGAUUCUGAAAGGACAGCAAGCAAAAUACCAGCGCACUCAUGUAGGAGAGUGCACUAUUUGUAAAACACAAAGGGCCGGUGGUGUAGUGGAGGGUAUACGCAGGUAUAAGCCAUAUCCCACUUCUUUUUCAGUGGGCAUUGCUUAUACUCAACAACUUAAUCCCUACUGAUGCGUAUCAGUGUUGUGGAGGUAUAAGACUUAUCAAUUAUGUAUUACAAUAGAGAAAUUAUGCACUAAGCCACCUACACAAUCGCAAACCCUGUGAAAUACACUGCUCAAAAAAAUAAAGGGAACACUUAAACAACACAAUACAAUGUAACUCCAAGUCAAUCACACUUCUGUGAAAUCAAACUGUCCACUUAGGAAGCAACACUGACAAUAAAUUUCACAUGCUGUUGUGCAAAUGGUAUAGACAACAGGUGGAAAUUAUAGGCAAUUAGCAAGACAUCCCCCAAUAAAGGAGUGGUCCCCACCUGCAGAACCACAGACCACUUCUCAGUUCCUAUGCUUCCUGGCUGACGUUUUGGUCACUUUUGAUUGCUGGCAGUGCUUUCACUCUAGUGGUAGCAUGAGACUGAGUCUACAACCCACACAAGUGGCUCAGGUAGUGCAGCUCAUCCAGGAUGGCACAUCAAUGCGAGCUGUGGCAAGACGGUUUGCUGUGUCUGUCAGCGUAGUGUCCAGAGCAUGGAGGCGCUACCAGGAGACAGGCCAGUACAUCAGGAGACGUGGAGGAGGCCGCAGGAGGGCAACAACCCAGCAGCAGGACCGCUACCUCCGCCUUUGUGCAAGGAGGAGCAGGAGGAGCACUGCUAGAGCCCUGCAAAAUGACCUCCAGCAGGCCACAAAUGUGCAUGUGUCUGCUCAAACGGUCAGAAACAGAUUCCAUGAGGGUGGUAUGAGGGCCCGACUUCCACAGGUGGGGGUUGUGCUUACAGCCCAAGACCGUGCAGGACGUUUUUCAUUUUCCAGAGAACACCAAGAUUGGCAAAUUCGCCACUGGCGCCCUGUACUCUUCACAGAUGAAAGCAGGUUCACACUGAGCACAUGUGAAAGUCUGGAGACGGAGUGGAGAACGUUCUGAACAACAUCCUCCAGCCUGCAACAUCCUCCAGCAUGACCGGUUUGGCGGUGGGGCAGUCAUGGUGUGGGGUGGCAUUUCUUUGGGGGGCCGCACAGCCCUCUAUGUGCUCGCCAGAGGUAGCCUGACUGCCAUUAGGUACCGAGAUGAGAUCCUCAGAGACCUCUUGUGAGACCAUAUGCUGGUGCGGUUGGCCCUGGGUUCCUCCUAAUGCAAGACAAUGCUAGACCUCAUGUGGCUGGAGUGUGUCAGCAGUUCCUGCAAGAGGAAGGCAUUGAUGCUAUGGACUGGCACGCCCGUUCCCCAGACCUGAAUCCAAUUGAGCACAUCUGGGACACCAUGUCUCGCUCCAUCCACCAACGCCACGUUGCACCACAGACUGUCCAGGGGUUGGCGGAUGCUUUAGUCCAGGUCUGGGAGGAGAUCCCUCAGGAGACUAUCCGCCACCUCAUCAGGAGCAUGCCCAGGCGUUGUAGGGAGGUCACACAGGCACGUGGAGGCCCCACACACUACUGAGCCUCAUUUUGACUUGUUUUAAGGACAUUACAUCAAAGUUGGAUCAGCCUGUAGUGUGGUUUUCCACUUUAAUUUGGAGUGUGACUCCAAAUCCAGACCUCCAUGGGUUGAUAAAUUUGAUUUCCAUUGAUAAUUUGUGUGCGAUUUUGUUGUCAGCACAUUCAACUAUUUAAAGAAAAAAGUAUUUAAUAAGAAUAUUUCAUUCAGAUCUAGGAUGUGUUAUUUUAGUGUUCCCUUUAUUUUUUUGAGCAGUGUAUUUUUAAACCUGCAUAUUUUGCACACAAAAAAUUCAGGUUAGCAGGCAAUAUUAACUAGGUGAAAUUGUCACUUCUCUUGCGUUCAUUGCACGCAGAGUCAGUGUAUAUGCAACAGUUUGGGCCGCCCUUUUGCCUGAAUUUUACGUAAUUAUGACAUUACACAACCAAUGUUACUGGAAUAUUUAGAUUUAUGGAUGCCACCCAUUAGAUAAAUACGGAACGGUUCCGUAUUUCACUGUAAUAAUAAACGUAUUGUUUUCGAGAUGAUAGUUUCCGGAUUCGACCGUAUUAAUGACCCAAGACUCGUAUUUCUGUGUUAUUAUGUUAUAAUUAAGUAUGAUUUGAUAGAGCAGUCUGACUGAGUGGUGGUAGGCACCCGCAGGCUUGUAAGCAUUCAUUCAAACAGCACUUUCGUGCAUUUUGCCAGCAGCUCGUCGCUGUGCUUCAAGCAUUGAGCUGUGUAUAACUUAAAAUCUAUCAACUCCCGAGAUUAGGCUGGUGUUGACAUUUUUGCUGAAAUCCAGUCAGGUGUGGGUUUUUUUGUGUUUUUUGGCGAAUGCGUAAUAAUGAUUUAAUGUCGCGCUGUUGCAACUGCCUGUAAACACACAGUCCAGUUCAAAGUGAAUGAUUGCAGGCACGUGUUUCAAAUGACUUGUUUGUAUGAAGGUCUACUAUAGCUCUGAUUAGCUAUAGCGGUCCGUUCCGUGUCGACUCCGGUCCUGGACAAGACCAAUGUUUUUAUUCGGCUUUUUUGUACAGCAGUGUCUAUUAAUUGUCCAAACGCUCGGCCGCUUUCCCACUCUCUAUUUUCACAAAUCCCUUAGAAUACUUAAUUCCAAAACAUUCUAAGAAUUUGGGAAACCAUGAAAAUGACCAUAUCUAAUUUGUCACUUGUCAGAAUAAUUUUUUUAAGUGUCAUUCUUCCUGGGGGUGUAUAUGAACAGAUUUCACGUUGAAAAAAUGUCAGUUCCACUUUGAAUGCAACAGUGUUCCACACAAAUAAGUUAUUUCCGUGCUUCUUUCUACAUCUGCAUUGCUUGCGUUUUGGGGUUUUAGGCUGUGUUUCUGUACAGCACUUUGUGACAUCUGCUGAUGUAAAAAGGGCGUUAUAAAUACAUUUGAUUGAUUGAUGGCUAACAGCAAGCACGCUGCAAUAGAAAAGUUCCACUCACCAGAUGAGGAUCAUUUGAAACAACUUGUUGAAAGUUAUUCUUGAAAUGGGAGAAGCUAACAAAUUAGCAACAACAUCCUCUUUGAUAACACCUGCUGCAGCCCUGUAAACUGUUAACCCUUUCCAUCCAACAAAAACGGAUGAUUAAAUCAGAACAUAAUUUUAAAAUAAUAUAAUUUAUAAUUAUUUUAUAAAUCCUUCGCCCUUUCCUUAGACCAUUGUUCCUCAGUGUGUUUGGGUUAGUAAUAACUUGUAGAGUGGCUCUAUUUGCCGUCAGCAUGCAUUUAUUCACUAUUAUGAAUAUCUAAAAUAUCCAUGUGUUAUUCUGAAAUAUGAACACAGAAAUACUGGACAUUUUUAACUCAAAUGGUGGUGAUUUGACAAUAACAUUCAUGGUCUUGAAUUGGACUCGCAUUUUUCUGGUCUUGACUUUGUCGCCCCCCCCCCUUCCUCAGGUCUAGGUGUUGAAUCGGUCUCGCUUUAGGUGACCAGGAACACAACACCGAGUGUCUGUCUUAAGGAGUGGUGAUACAGUAAAUGUGGUGAUGAUGAGCUGUUUCAGUAGGAUGUUGGCUGAGGCAAAGGAAUAACUGACUGUGGGGUUUGGUAAACAGGUGCAGGUUGUCCUCCGUUCAACAGAGGGAUUUUAUUGUAAAAACUAAAAUGACUGGCAAAUGAUCGACUUACAUUACCAUUAAAAAUUAUUUUACAAUAAAGUUUGUGAAACACUGAAAUAACCGAUUUUGUCUCUGAACAGAGAGCGCUUUCUGUAGGGUUUA